ACACACACACACACACACACACACACACACACACAUACACGCACACCCCUCAACCGCGACGGGUUCUCCGCAGCUCGCAGACACCCUAAGGGAGGGAGAAAGAGAGAACGGGAGCAUAGGGAAGCCGGGAGCAGAUAGAAGGGAGAAGGAAGAGCUCAGGGUUGGACAUUUUUGGAGCUAGGGGUGGGGAGGAGAAAGGGAGCGUACCUCCUCGAUUUUCCCCUCCCCACCCCUCUCUGCUUUUCUCUCCCCUUCGUUGUAUAGCAUUUUCCAGAAGCGGCAGCGGAAGGGGACAGAACCCUUUAGAAAGAUUUGGAGGGGUGGCCGGGUCUCCCGCCAGCCGCUACCUGGCAGCCGGAGCUGGGGUGUGCGUCUGUGCAUGUCAGAGUGUAAAUGCGGUUCUCUCUGUGUGCCUCGCUCUCCCUGUCUCGCUCUCCCUGUCUCUUCUCUCUUUCUCUCUCUCUCCCUCACACUCCCGUGCCGGCUCCCCUUGUCCGUUUCCCCGUGUCAGUUUCUUCCCCUGCUCCUGCUGUGCGGCUGGCGGCGUGAAGGGCGUGCGUGCCCUCGGAGCGGCCCAGGUGGGGUCAGACAGCGGGGAGAAGCGAGAGAGCACACGGCAGGGGGCGGGUGGCGCCAAGAGUUUGGGGGCGCUGACGGAGGCGGAAGGUGAGGAGGGCCGGCCGGCCACAGGGAAGUUUGGGGAUAACUGAGGAGCGAAGGGAGAAAAACCAAGGUAGGACCGGCACUUGCGCCUCUCGCCGCACCCCGCCCCUUUCCCGGUGCUGCUCUGCCCACCGCUGGGCAGCCUCCAGGCCCGGGGCUGUCCCGGGCGGCUGCUGUUUGCGCGCCGCCGCAGGUCGGAGACCGAGUCCGGUAAGGCGGCCGCACCGCGCGCCUUGGCUCGCGGACACCAGACGACGCAGAUCCGAACAGACCGCUCGGCCCGGGAAAAGGAAACAGAUAUAGAGAAGAGGUAAAUGUGACUAGUUCAAGUUCAUACUUCAAUUAGCAGAAGAGCUGACACUAGAAUCCAAGUCUCCUAAUUCCCAGGACACUAUUCUUCAACCUGCACCAUUUUACACAUACAGGUUGCUAAGUUGCUAUGAACCAUGGCCCAACUGUACUACAAAAAAGUCAACUACUCACCUUACAGAGACCGUAUCCCCCUGCAAAUCGUGAGGGCUGAGACAGAGCUCUCUGCAGAAGAGAAGGCGUUCCUCAAUGCUGUGGAGAAGGGGGACUAUGCCACCGUGAAGCAGGCCCUACAGGAGGCUGAGAUCUACUACAACGUCAACAUCAACUGCAUGGAUCCUCUGGGCCGGAGCGCCCUGCUCAUUGCCAUUGAGAAUGAGAAUUUGGAGAUCAUGGAGCUACUGCUGAACCACAGCGUGUAUGUAGGCGAUGCAUUGCUCUACGCCAUCCGCAAGGAGGUGGUGGGCGCUGUAGAGCUUCUGCUCAGCUACAGGCGGCCCAGUGGAGAGAAGCAGGUUCCCACUCUGAUGAUGGAUACCCAGUUCUCUGAGUUCACACCGGACAUCACUCCCAUCAUGCUGGCCGCCCACACCAACAACUAUGAAAUCAUCAAACUGCUUGUUCAAAAACGGGUCACUAUCCCACGGCCCCACCAGAUCCGCUGCAACUGUGUCGAGUGUGUGUCCAGUUCAGAGGUAGACAGUCUGCGCCACUCCCGCUCCCGUCUGAACAUCUAUAAAGCGCUAGCAAGCCCCUCACUCAUUGCCUUAUCAAGCGAGGACCCCAUCCUAACUGCCUUCCGUCUGGGCUGGGAGCUCAAAGAGCUCAGCAAGGUGGAGAAUGAGUUCAAGGCGGAGUAUGAGGAACUCUCCCAGCAGUGCAAGCUCUUUGCCAAAGACCUGCUGGACCAAGCUCGGAGCUCCCGGGAACUGGAGAUCAUCCUCAACCAUCGAGAUGACCACAGUGAAGAGCUUGACCCUCAGAAGUACCAUGACCUGGCCAAGCUGAAGGUGGCAAUCAAAUACCACCAGAAAGAGUUUGUUGCUCAGCCUAAUUGCCAACAGUUACUUGCCACUCUGUGGUAUGACGGCUUCCCUGGAUGGCGACGGAAACACUGGGUAGUCAAGCUUCUUACCUGCAUGACCAUUGGAUUCCUCUUUCCCAUGCUGUCUAUAGCUUAUCUGAUCUCACCCAGGAGCAACCUUGGGCUGUUCAUCAAGAAACCCUUUAUCAAGUUUAUUUGCCACACAGCAUCAUAUCUGACCUUCCUCUUCAUGCUUCUCCUGGCUUCUCAGCACAUUGUCAGGACAGACCUUCAUGUACAGGGGCCUCCCCCAACAGUUGUGGAAUGGAUGAUAUUGCCUUGGGUUCUCGGUUUCAUUUGGGGGGAGAUUAAGGAAAUGUGGGAUGGUGGAUUUACCGAAUACAUCCAUGACUGGUGGAACCUAAUGGAUUUUGCAAUGAACUCACUCUACCUGGCAACCAUUUCCUUGAAGAUUGUGGCCUAUGUAAAGUAUAAUGGUUCUCGUCCAAGGGAAGAAUGGGAAAUGUGGCACCCGACUCUGAUUGCGGAAGCACUGUUUGCAAUAUCCAACAUUUUAAGUUCGUUGCGUCUCAUAUCCCUGUUCACAGCCAACUCCCACUUGGGGCCUCUGCAGAUCUCUUUGGGGCGCAUGCUGCUUGAUAUCCUCAAAUUCCUCUUUAUCUACUGCCUGGUACUGCUGGCUUUUGCCAACGGACUGAACCAGCUUUACUUUUACUAUGAGACCAGAGCGAUCGAUGAACCAAACAACUGCAAGGGAAUCCGAUGUGAGAAACAGAAUAAUGCCUUCUCCACGCUGUUUGAAACCCUUCAGUCGCUCUUCUGGUCUGUAUUUGGCCUUCUAAAUCUCUAUGUUACCAAUGUGAAAGCCAGACAUGAGUUCACAGAGUUUGUGGGAGCUACCAUGUUUGGGACAUACAACGUCAUCUCCCUGGUGGUGCUGCUGAACAUGCUGAUUGCCAUGAUGAACAACUCUUACCAGCUUAUUGCCGAUCAUGCCGAUAUUGAGUGGAAAUUUGCAAGGACAAAGCUUUGGAUGAGUUACUUUGAUGAAGGCGGCACCUUGCCACCUCCUUUCAAUAUCAUCCCCAGUCCCAAGUCAUUUCUCUACCUUGGUAACUGGUUCAACAACACCUUCUGCCCCAAAAGAGACCCUGAUGGGAGACGGAGGAGGCACAACUUGAGAAGCUUCACAGAACGCCAUGCUGACAGCCUGAUACAGAAUCAACAUUACCAGGAAGUUAUCAGGAAUUUAGUCAAAAGAUACGUGGCCGCUAUGAUAAGAAAUUCCAAAACGAACGAGGGACUGACAGAAGAAAAUUUUAAGGAAUUAAAGCAGGACAUCUCCAGCUUUCGAUAUGAAGUACUCGACCUCUUAGGAAAUAGGAAACACUCAAGGAGAAGCUUUUCCGCAAGCAGCACCGAACUGUCCCAGAGGGAUGAUACCAAUGAUGGCAGUGGUGGGGCUCGGGCCAAAUCCAAGAGUGUCUCUUUCAAUUUAGGCUGCAAGAAAAAGGCCUGCCACGGGCCACCUCUCAUCAGAACCAUGCCAAGAGCCGGCGGUGCCCAAGGGAAGUCAAAAGCCGAGUCAUCAAGCAAACGCUCCUUCAUGGGUCCUUCUCUCAAGAAACUCGGUCUCCUAUUCUCCAAGUUUAACGGUCAUAUGUCUGAACCCAGUUCAGAGCCAAUGUACACCAUUUCGGAUGGCAUCGCUCAGCAGCACUAUAUGUGGCAGGACAUCAGAUAUUCUCAGAUGGAGACCGGGAAAGCAGAGGCCUGCUCUCAAAGUGAAAUUAACCUCAGUGAGGUAGAAUUAGGGGAAGCCCAGGGCGCUGCUCAGAGCCGUGAAUGCCCUCUAGCCUGUUCCAGCUCUCUCCACUGUGCAUCCAGCAUCUGUUCCUCGAAUUCUAAACUUUUAGACUCCUCAGAGGACGUCUUUGAAACUUGGGGAGAGGCUUGCGACCUGCUCAUGCACAAAUGGGGUGACGGACAGGAAGAACAAGUUACAACUCGGCUCUAAGUCAGACCCCUACCACCUGUUCUGGAACUCAAGAGAAACUUUGCAAUUUCCUUGCUCUCAAAGGUGACAUGGCGUACGACUCCCUCAUUGCCCUGAGCCACCCCAGCCCCACCCCUCCCCCACCCCUCCCCCACCGCCCCCCCAGAAAGGGGAGUGAAACUCCUAUUAUUUUCACUGUCUUUUAUAGCCACAUUUUCCAUGUUCCGUUCUUGUGAUUAUGAUUCUCAUUACUGCUAUUAUUUGCCUUUUUAUACCUAUUAACACUAAGUCCAUUUCACAACCAACUGAAGGGGUGUUUGCCCCUGGUCAGCAGAGGUGCAGUGGGUGCUUAACCCCUUGGCUUUGCUUUUCUUACCCUUGCUUCCUUGAAGCUCCAGGUGCCACUUUGCUACUGUUGCUGCCGCUCAGAUUCCUGACCUUCCUCAGGGUCUCACCGCAUUUCCCCACGAGACUGAGGGAGGUGCUCAGCAGUCCCCACCAGCUAUCAAAUAAGGCAAAGCAACCUGCCUGUCUCCGUCGCCCUUCAGUGCUCCACGCUGCCCAUUCUGGUCCAAUGAACAGCAUCAAAGGGAGACUGAACAGACUCCAAAGAAUUGUCAGCUUGUGGUUUCUAGGUAUAACUGGCCUUCUUGUUGUUUUUGUUUUUAAACAUGACAACUUCUGUGCUCGCUUCGGCUGCACACACACUUAAACACGACAACUUCUCCUGAUCGUGGGGGCGGUUGGCUUCUUUGGUUUCUUAAAGAUGUGCUAGUUGCCCUAAUAUUUACCACGUAGUAUGUGUCAUAUCUAAUAAGUUAGUGAAUUCCUUUCUUGUGUUUGUGUGUUUCCGUUCCUUACGGCAUUUUAAAAUGCGACAGUAUCGAGAUUAGUAUUUAGGAUGUGUCCUGUUUUUAAAAAACUUCUGCACUCUAACCAGUAGCCACUACAUCUCAGAGGUUGGCAAGAAAAAUAAUUAGCUGGUACAUUCAUAGGGUCCUAUCUACUGUGGAUAGUUUUAAUCAUUGCUAUCGAAAGCAUUUCUAAGGUAAAAGUCUGGGUUUGAAAAUGUUUUUUAAUCAGAAAGAUAACCUCUUGUUAAGGUGUUCAAAUCUGAAAAGAGCAUCUUCGUGAAAAAACAAUUCACAAUUCAAUUGGGUCUAGAUAACCUGAUUCAGGUUGCAGUUUGAAUAUUCAUGGGGGACAGUGAAAUUGCAUGUGUAAACUUAUGUUAGACAUAUAACGUGACCUUAGUGAAUUCAUGGAACUAUAAACGUGAUCCGAAUU